AUGCCGUCAGUGGAGCUGCUGCGAUGGGCCGAGGCUACGGUGAGGGGCCGCUCAGGCGGCGAGAACGACGCCGUUUUCGCGAGGUGGUUCGACGCGCAGGGGGAGGUCUCGGAGACGCAUACGUUUGCGAGCGUGUGGGCGGAGGCAGGGAGGAUAGCGCAUGAGCUCCGCGUGUCGUGGGGGCUGGGGAAGGGGGACCGGGCGAUCCUGUGCUACGGCUUCGGCCUCGAUUUCUUCGCGGCGUUCUUGGGUUGCCUGAGGGCGGGAGUGCUAGCGGUCCCUGUGUAUCCCCCGAGCCCCCUGACGCUCAGCAAGUCGCUGACGAAGCUCCAGGGCAUAGUGGAGGCUUGCGACCCCAAGGUCAUCCUAAUCUCCGGGGAUGUCAACCACCUGAGACUGGCGUCCAAGCUCAACUUUGUGUCGUCCGCGCGACGCCUGUGGCCCGACCUCCCGUACAAGCUGAAAAUUGUCGAUCCCGAGACGAGGCGAGAGGUGGCGUUGGGCGAAGUAGGGGAGCUUUGGCUUUCGUCCCCGUCUGUGGCGGCGGGCUACUGGGGACAACCAGAGCUGACAGAGGAAGCUUUUAACGCCAGGGUUGUCGGGGAAGAGCAAGGGGAGGGUUCGGACAACCCCACAGGGACCGUAUUCCUGCGCACGGGAGACCUCGCCAGGCUGGAGACUGGGGGCUCCGGCCGCCUCUUCAUCUCGGGCAGGAUCAAGGACCUUAUCAUCGUGAGGGGAAGGAACCUCUACCCCCAGGAUGUGGAGUUCGCGGUCCAGGAGGCCAGCAGCAUAGUCCGACCAGGGUGCGUGGCGGCCUUCUCCACCACCGAGCUCGGUGGAGAGCUAGAGGUGGUGCUGGAGGUGCGUAAGAGCGCGGAAGGGGACCCAGACGGUCUCUCCGAGGGCCUGGAAGCCGUCCGACGCGCCAUCGCCUCCGAGGGGUGCUAUCCUUCCAGGGUGGUGGCCAUCAAGGAGAAGACCAUCCCCAAGACCACAAGCGGCAAGAUUCAGCGCCGCAGGUCCAGGGGAGAUGUUGCACCAGGGUGCACUCUCGGUCAUCACCGAGCUCACCGCACCGCUUCUGAUGCCGCCGCCGCCGCCGCCGCUGGUGCUGCUGCUGUGGCAUCGCCCACGGCUUCACAGCCGCCAACGGGGGGGUCUGAAGGUGCUGCUACUGCCGGCAGCACUGACUCCUUGGGGGCAUAUCAAGAGGGGGGGGAGGGUCUCCGGCAGGACCAGCUGCGGGGACCCCGGGGGGUCGGUGACGACAACGCCGGGGGGGCCGCCGGGAGGGAGUCGUCGGACGGCGACGCCAGCCUGCUGUCGAGGCAGAAGGACGAGAGGCUGGACGCGCUGACCAAGCUCGUCGUCAGCACGGCCACGGACGUUCUCAGGGGUCGUGCCAUCUCCCCGGACCAAGCCCUCUUCGACGCUGGCUUCGACUCCAUCACCGCGGAGGAGUUCGUGGGCAGGCUGCAAGAGCGCCUGUCGAGCGGGGGUUGGGUGUCCGGCGGCCUGCCGGGAGCCGAGGCGGUGGUCUCGUCGACAACGGUGUUCGACUGCCCCACUGCGAGACACAUCGCUGAGCACGUGGAAGGCGCUCUGAGCAAGACGGGGGCUGGAGACGGCGUAGCGACGGAUGGUCCUCAGGCCAGCAGCACGGAAUCCGGAGACGGAGGGGGAAGCGGUCAUUCGCUGGCGGUUGUGGGCAUAUCUUGCCGCUUCCCGGGAGGCUGUGACAGUCCCGAGGCGUUCUGGGAUUUCCUUCGGAAGGGUGCCGACGCCACGUCGGGGGUGCCAUCGGACCGGUGA